UGUUUUUAUGUGCACAUUAGCUGCUUACGCUAGGGUUUAGAAUUAUGCUUGCACGUAGCAUUCGCCAAGUCUCCUCCCGCUCGCUCUCUCCGCUGUCUCGCGCCAUGUCCGCCGCCGCCGACAAGAAGUACUACAUUCUGCGCUACGAGUACGUGGGCGACAUCCUGGAUCGCCGCGGUCCGUUCCGUGCUGAGCACCUGGAGCGCGCUGUAAACGCCAAGAAGGACGGUCAUGUCGUCAUGGGAGGCGCACUGGUGAACCCACCGGACGCCGGUGUCUUCAUCUUCAACGUAGAGGACAAACAAACCAUCGAGGACUUCGUCAAGGCCGAUCCGUACAUGCUCAACGACCUCGUCACGUCCUACUCGAUCCGCGAGUGGAUGGUCGUCGUCUAAACAGCAAAAAUGGUGUAGCAAUCUCCCCGACGCGUCUUCAUGGCUACACCAAUAACACGUCAAAAGCUUCAGCUAGUGCAA